AUGUGCUCAGUACUUUUUUCUUUGGAAGCAGGUGUGUUUGGACAGCAGCAGUCAAGAACUUCACACACUUUCACUGACUUGGGCAAGUCGGCCUGGCUGGUUUUCCAGCUUAAGCUCUGGCAGUUUGCUUACCAUUCCUAUGAAAUGGAAAUCAUUCCUGCAUCUCCACAGAGUUGUGGUGAAGCGACGACGCACCUCCGGAGUCGGCAAGGGCACAAGCUAUGGCCGGUCCUCCAGCCCCACGCGCCUACGACGCGCCGACGCCUUAGCAGUGACGACACUCCCCCCGGGCUCCUGCUCCCCCGGCGCCUCGGGCCCUCACACGCGACUGCACGCAGCCCCGCGGGCAGCCUGACCCCGCUGCGCCGCGAGACCCCGCCCCCAGCAGCCUCCCGCCCCCUAGCCCGUCAAUCACGCGGCUCUCCCAAUGGUGGCGGCGGGGCGGGGCCGCGGGUGCCGUGCGCCGUGCGCCGGGGCUUGUGGCGUCAAUGCGUCCGCCGUGUCCAUGGAGAGAGGCUGAGGCUGCUUAGCUCCGGCCCGAGGCACCGGGGCGCCGGGGUGGCGAAGAUGUCGGCUUCCUUAGUCCGGGCCACCGUCCGGGCUGUGAGCAAGAGGAAGCUGCAGCCCACCCGAGCCGCCCUCACCCUAAUGAGCUUGGUCAGGCCGGGAACAUCUGGAUGAGGACCCGGGAGCCCUACCCCGAAGGUGCGUGAGGAGGGGCGAAGCUCCUCGAAGGACACGGCGGUGUCAGUGCGGUGAGCGUCAGCGGAAAGGGGAGCGCAGCCCUAACAAAGCACCCUGGCCCUCGCCCGGGUCCAGUCUGCGGCGCACAAAGGGUUACUUCCUUGUGUCCUGGCUGGCGGAGGCUUUUGAAACACCCUUCGUGCCUCCAGCAAUCCUAGGGUCUUACUGAGGACAAAAGAUGAAGAUUUCCACCCUGAGCCAGUUGACAGUGUUUUCUGGGUGAAAGGUCAAACGCACUGGAAGGGCACCACAAAACAAACCACAGGUGUUUGAAUUCACCGUGCUUACCGCAGUUUUUUUAGUUAAGGGACAUCUACAUAAUAUAAAAUGGGCCCGUCCUGGAGGGUAUGAUUCAGUGGCAUUUAGGACAUUUACAAUGUUGUGCAACCGUCACCUCUGUCUAGUUCCAAAAGACUUUGACCUCAAUAGGAAAGCUUGUGAUAACUAUAAAUAAAAUAUUGUGUACAUAUAUAAUGGAAUAUUAUUCAGCAAUAAAAAUUAAUGAAGCAUUGAUACAUGUUACAACACGGAUGAACCUUGAAAACAUUAUGCUAAGUAAAAAGAAUGUGGUCAAUAAAGACCACAUAUUGGAUAAUUCAAUUUAUAUGAAAUAUCUAUGAUGGAAAAAAAUCUCAAGAGACAGAAAAUAGAGUAAUAGAUGUCCAGCACGGGAAUGGGGGAAUUUGGGAGCAAAAUGGGGAGUGACUCUGAUGGAUACGGGGUUUACUCUUGGUGCGAUGAAAAUGUUCUAAAAUUCAUUAUGAUUGUGCUUACACAAGUCUGCAAAUAUACUAAAAACCAUUGA